AUGUGGACGGCAAAGAUUUGGCUGAAGAAAGUGCACUCCAAGGUGAAGGAGAUGGCCAGUAAGCACCACCCCAACCUGGUGCGGCUGUUGGGCUUCUGUGUGCACUAUGAUUCCAGCACGGGCCAGAUUGAGCAAGUGCUCGUGUAUGAGUUCAUGGCCAACCGGGACUUGGAGAGCUGGAUUGGACCAGUGGCCAAGGGGUUGCAAUAUCUUCAUGACUUCGGCAUUGUGCAUCGCGACAUCAAGCCAGCCAACAUUCUGCUUGAUGCAAAAAUGCAUGCCAAGAUUGCAGACUUUGGUUUGGUAAAGCUCACUGGAGGCACCGCUAUGGGCACGUCUGUGGCUGCCACUCGAGUAAUGGGGACUCCGGGCUAUGUGGACCCUGCCUAUUACAAGUCCCACAAGGCCACUUCAGCAGCAGAUGUGUACAGCUUUGGUGUGGUGAUGCUGGUGGUCAUCUUGGCACGCAAGGCCGUGCAUAUGAGCGAGACCAGCCAGAUCAGUCUGAAGCAAUGGAUCACACCAUUCGUGGAGUCAGAUGCCGUUACAGUCUUCAAGGACCCCUACUUGGACGCACCAGAUCACUUGGUGCUGCGCUGGGCUCGCCUUGCCCUCUCCUGCACCACCAUGCCUGCGGCCUCCCGCCCCUCCAUGAAUCAAGUGCUGGGGGAGCUGGUGAAGUUGAAUCAGGAAGCUUCUGGAGCACAUGAGAGCCAUGUGGGCGAGGCCAAAUCUCGCAUGGACACGGAGCUUGGGAGUUCCAUUGGCUCCUCCAGCUUCACUGCUGAAAUGGCCCGUGCAGAGCGAGGGGUCAUGCCAAGUGGCUUUUCCACAUAA